AUUUUAAAAAAGUAACCCUUUUGAUUAUAUGUAAACGGUUGAAUCUUCUUGAAGAUCGAUCGGAGUGUAAAGGUUCAAAAAUUUACUAGUCACAAAUAUAAAAUCUAUAUAUAUUUAAAUUUUUUAUAUAAAUUUCUGACUCAGCUCGAGAGGUAACUCUAUUUUUAGAAACCUCCUAAAUGGACCCUUGUACUAAGGCACCCCUUCAUUAAAACACACAACAAAACCUGAAUAUUCAAUAUUCAAUAACUUGCUAUAUAUAUACCACAUAGUCACCAAUAUAAAUAGUUCCAUUAUUAGUAGAAGAAGAAAAAUAAAAAGGCAAAAGGGAGUUGAAAAAGACUUUUAGCAAAAUGGGAAGUCUUCAAACAAAAAAUCAUAAAAACAAUCCAAAUGCCAAAAUUAUUGAAGAGUUGAAGUAUAAAGUAAGGUUACUUCAAAAAGAGGUAAGUGAAAUAAUGUGUAUAAGGGAAAAUGAGAGUGAAAUUUACAAUCAAGAAAUGAUUGUUUUUGCAGUAAAAGAAGAAGAAUGGAAGCAAGAAAAGAAGAAACUUAAUGAAGAAUUAAAUGAUUUGAAGAAAAAAUUGGAAGAUUAUAAAGAAGAUAAAGAUAAAGUGGAAAAUCAAGAAAUGGUAAGUGAAAAAUGUGAUAAUAAAGAGUAUCAUAUGUUGGUGAGAAAUUCAUUGUUGGAGCAAAUUAGAGAAGAGGAAGUUAGAAGAGAUGAAGCUAUUGAGAAAUGGAAAAAUCUCUAUUUUGUUAUUAAAAAUGAGCUUGAUGAACUUAUUCAAAGGACAAAUCAAGGAGAAAGACUCUGCUGGAGAAAAGAGGAAGUGGAAUUAUUAGAAGAACUACAUAUGGAGUUGAAAGCAAAAGAAGAAGUCAUUGCACAUUUAAAAGAAAAAAUUGUUUCAAUGGAGAAACAAGAAGUUAAGAGGGAGAGGGAGAUUGAUAUUUUGAGGCAAAGUUUGAAAAUUAUGAGUUACAACAAAAAGGUUUCUAGCAUAUCUAAAGUUUUUUACAAAAACUAGAAUUUUCUAAGAUGUUCUGUAUCAGACUCGAUCUUGUGUGAACACGAGAUACUUUGUGCACCGAACUGAUUGUUUAUUACAAUUUCUACAAUGCAUUGGAAAGCAAAGAUCAUAGAAAUACCAAUAUUUGUUUGGUUUCACUAAGGUAUAAAUGUGUACUCAUUUGAUAUGUACUUCUCAUGAGGAACAAUGUUACUUGCUAGCCUCAUUUAGCAAUUUAGUAUAUAUUUUGGUUAAUUUAUGACCAAAGGAA